AUGGCGCGAGCUGCGUCGAGCGCGUUCGUGGCGAGGGCGGUGAGGCGGAACCUGACGUCACUGGCGCGGAUAGAAGCGGGCGUGGAUGCUGUGUGCCGCGGGGUGCGGGAGGUGGAAGGCAGAUUGGUGGGCGAGUUCGCAGACAAGGGUAGCGCGGGUGGCGAGGAUGGCAAGGUGCUGGCAGCUGAAGCAGGAAGAACAGCAGGAGCAGGAUCAGGAUCAGGGGAAGGAGCAGGAGCAGGAGCAGGAGCAGGAGCAGGAGUAGGAGAAGGCGCAGGAGCAAAGCGUGGCACGUGGCCUGAGGCGUGCUGGCCGGUGCCGCACAUGCCCUUCUCCGAUGUCAAGGCCACCAGAGCGAGUAAGUUCCUCGUGUUUGCCCACUCUGACGAGCAGCUCUCCAGCACGCGCUCUCACCUCGCAGAGGCUGCCCGCUUCGCUCAAGCCACCAACCGCAUCCUCGUGCUGCCCAAGUGCAGUCGCAGCCGCCUCUCACUCGCCCGUGACCUGCCCCUAUGCGCCUACUUCGACCUCUCUCGCCUCGAUGCCCACUGGAUCUCGCCCGACCUCUUCCUGCUCCUCGCUAGAGCCGCUCUCAACCCCCCCUUUGCUGCUGCCGCACCUGGCACCAGCCCUUCCGUGGCCUUCGUGCAUCUGCAGAUGCAGCAACUAUGGCACAUGCCUUUUAGUCAAAGGUCUCUGGUGGACAUGCUGAGUGAGCUGAUGGUGUAUGGCAUGGGCCAUGCACCGUCAAGACGCAACACUCUUGACAUCGCCAUGCCGGUCAACAGCAGAGCAGUUUUCCACCAGUUGCAUAAGUGGCGGCACACAGAUGUGCUGGUGUGGGUGAAGAGCACCUUCGGUCUGGUGGACUUUAAACCUCCCACAGAAGCCAUCUCCUUCAACAUGUUUCCGUACAACCGAGCAUGGCAUGCCACGGCGCAUCGAGCCCUGGCUCGCCUGCCCCCCCGGUACAUUGCGGUGCACUACCGCUCCGAGUUCAUUGCCUUCAACUUGGGGCACAGGCUAGCAAAAGUCGGCUACAAAUUGGAAGCAGGUGUGCUGGAGGGGCUGAUGGCGGGGUGCAUGGAGGCGGCGCGCGACCUGAUCAACGGCAUGAAGCGCCGCCACAACAUCUCCGCCGUCUUUAUCGCCGCCGACGUGCCGUUUGACGGCAAGGCAGGCAGCGUGGUGCGGUCGGACUCGUGGAACGAGACCACGUGGAAGUUCCAAGGGGCGGAGAAAGAGAGGGCGCUGCAGGCCCCGCGGGAGAAGCUGCGGUGGCUGAGGGAGCAGGUGGCGGGCACAGUGAUGGUGGACGAGCUCAUGCCCGCCGUCAACAAGUACGACCCCGCAAAGUGCUCUCAGUUGCUCCUAUUUGCCAUGCCAACCCUCGCCCUUUCUUACACGCCUCUUCUUCUAUUGCGUUCUACCACUCACUUUCGUCCCCUCAUUCUUUCAACCCUCGCACAGGCAUAG